AAGGUUGAUAAUUAAGCUAUCGAAAUUAUUUGAAGCCUUUGCUAGUGUUAUAACUUAUUACUUCUAUUAGAUAGAGAGAAGAUGUCAGAUGCUAGUGAAGCAGGAGAUGACUCAAAAGAUUCAAUGCCAAAGCCCAAGGGGAAUAGAGGAAUUUCUUUUCUUGAUUUUAUUAUGAGAAUAGUUGCCAUUUUAGGUACCUUAGGAAGUGCAAUUGCCAUGGGAACAUCUAAUGAAGACCUUCCCUCCUUCAAGCAGUUCAUCAGGUUUAAGGCUGAGUACAAGGACCUUCCUACUUUCACGUUCUUUGUGGUUGCGAAUAGCAUCGUUAGCGCGUACCUUGCUGUAUCUCUUGUCCUAUCCAUCUUACACAUUGUCAUGAGUGGUGCAAGAAUAACUAGGGUGGUCUUGAUCUUCUUUGAUACGUUGAUGAUGGGAUUUUUGACAUCUGGAGCAUCAGCAGCAGCAGCCAUAGUGUAUUUGGCACACAAGGGAAAUGCUCGUGCAAAUUGGAUUGCUAUUUGCCACCAGUACAACUCUUUCUGCGAUCGUGCCUCUGGUUCCUUGGUUGGAUCCUUCAUCGGAGUUCUUGUGUUUUUGCUGCUGAUUAUAUUGUCAGCUCUGGCCCUUUCAAGAAACUGAUUUCGUCGCAUAAUGAUCACUUCCUGAUGGAAGAAAGAGCGUUGUUUCAUCUUUUAAUUUCAUUUGAUAGUGUGUUCCAUUCAAAGAGAUUUUUGAGUGAUUCAUACAAGCUGUUAUUACAUCUGUUUGUCUUAGUGAUUCUUCCUCUC